AUGGAGUUUGAUUAUGAUGAUUCGACGGCAAAAUGCCUUCCUUCUCCCUAUGAUAAUGGAACCGGAAAUGACACGAUGAUUGAGACACAAAAUGGCGGUUUUGUGAGUUUAUUGAAAAACGACUUGGUUCGAUUGUUGCAAUUCGUCGAACAAGAAUUGGAGAAACGAGAUGAUUGCAUACAAAAGUUGAAAGAUGAUCGAACACGACAAAUGCUCUUUGAAGCAAAAUAUGGGCGGAUAUCGAUGAAUGAUCCGCUUGUUGCAUUGAGAAGAGAUAGUGAAGUAGCUGGGGAACAGAUCGAUGAAGAUGCUAUUGGACGGCUCUAUGAGUCACAACUCGUUCAACUCGAGAAACUCAUCGCUGCUCAGAAAAAGUCGCACAAUCGAGCGAAAAUGAUUUUGUCAACAACUGAAAGACGACAUGCAAAAGCACUCAAAGAAUUGGAAUUGGAGAAAGAAAGGAAAUCUCGAUACGCAGCCCAGGGUGAUGAUGUUGUGGCGUUUCUCGAAAAUGAACGAGCCAAGUUGCAGCAACAGGUUGAGUUUCAAAUUGGUGAGGUUGCGAAUGCAAAGGUGGAAACCGAGAAAGUCGAGAAGAAAUUACAAGUUGAAAAAGAAAAACAUAAAGCAAUGAUUCUAUUCUUGAUCAACGAGCGAAAGCAGCUUCUGUUGAAAAUCCACGAGAUGAGACUUAAAGGAGAGCCGCCAAAUGUUCCCGAUGGAUAUGAUGUGAGCAUGGAGGAGUUGAGAAGAGAAGUUGAAAAGCUAAAAAUCGAACGCGACACACUUGGAAAUGCAAAUAAAGCGCUGAGAGCUGAGAAUUUAUCAUUGAAAGAAGUGGUGAGGGGACACGAAGCUGAUCUGUUACUCCUACGAAGGAAUUUGAUUCGCAAUCCAGCAGAGCUCACAAGCGCCGGCGUUGAGGGUUCUCUUGUGCUAGCCAAUCGAAUGUCCUCCACUCCAUCAGCUACCCUUCCCGGUCCAUCAUCCCGUCCCACAUCACGAAUCUCCACUUCUUCAUCUUUCCCAUCAUCGACAAAUGAUUCAAGUCGAUUACCCCGAGCUCCGCCCACACAAAUAAUUGCAACAACUAUCACGCCGGCCAGGUCAAAACCAAAUCCCCCAAUGACCAGACUGCCUUCAACUCCGACCGCCCGCAAUCCACAGUCUCCCACCAAAAAGACGCCAGCUAUGGGAGUUGGAGUGAACAGUGUUCGCCAACAACGUCCAAUCUCUGUUUCCACGCCACAAGUGCCCACAACGCAUCGAUUCACGGCUGAACCCGAGCUACAACAACUCGAAGAAGCCAUCCAUGAAUUAGAGAUGACUUCUAGUGAUCCAUCUCCAACUUCAUCUUUCACAAAGGGAAAAACCGAACCGAGACGUGUGGAGAUACCGGUGAAAUCACCGAAUAACACUGCACAAAUAACCACAGCCACCACAGCCACUGUCAAAGCUUCGAUCGCGAAAGCGCCAGAAAAACCGGCAGAACGAAAGCUCUCGGGAACGAUCAAAAAAGGAUCUCUUUUGAAAGCUUUCUCUGGUAAA